AGAUAACAAUAGAAUAUUCAGAGGGUUUCACAUCUUCCCUCCUUCCCUAAAGCAACAUUGGAUAGUCUGACAUUAAUGCUAGUCAGCGUAUGUGAGAACAGCAGAAACAGAAGGAAAGAUUUAAAUAUUUUAAAAAGGCAUUGUUUACUGUUUUCUCGUUGGAAUAAAAACCUGAAUACUGAAUAUGCAGGGUUUUAUUCCAAGAAGAAGUUUGAGACAAGGGUAUUCUGAUUUGCAGUUUUGUAACUUGCUCAGUCCCUGGCCACCUUCCAGCGCGUCCUCAACUACACAUCUGUUCAGAAAGCAACUGUACGGGACUACAUGGCGCCCAGUUGUACCUGCUUUGCUGUAUUCUACUACUGCAUUCAAGUCUUAACUACUUUUUGUAUCUGGUACUUGAUUUUACUCUUAAAGGUAACCGCAAGUCACAUUUUUUGUUUGUUUUUGUAAUUGCUCAUAUUUCAAUUCGUUCUUAUCGAUUUACUGUAUUUAUUACUUGCUCUUAAUGGAAUUUACUCUUAUAAGCACAUGUUUACUAUAGGUGUAACUGCUUUUAGUCGAAAUCGCUCUCAAUCGUAAUGUUACUGUAUCAGCUGUUGAAAAUAAAAUGUCGAUGUGCGGACUGCCCCGUAAAUAUUACAAAUGUACUGGUUGCGAACUAAAAUGGAAUACAUUGGACCACCUACGUUUGAGGGGUGUAGCGUAUUUUUCAACAGUAAAAACCACAACUCCCAUCUCCACAACUGUGAAACCCCAACUAUUUACAGCACUUUGCUGGCUGAUUUUACGUAAGGAAGAAAUACAGCUUUACGGCUACUGUGGGACACCGCACAGGAUGUUGCAUUGUCAGCUGUGGCAGAGUGGAGAGCAUUUUUAUUAGAUUAGCUUUGACGAGAUGAGUUCUUGUAUUGUUUGAUAUCUAGCAGGCGUAUUGGGUGUGUAGUUUAAGCCCUGUUCACUUACAUUUGUAUACCGGUACCAGAUACAAAAAGUAGUUAAGACUUGAAUGCAGUAUCGCAAAGUCUAUUCACCCAGGAGUUGUUACCGGCGUCGUACAGGUUGCAGCCGAAGGACUUGAGGUUGAGGAAUGGAGAAUUACCACAAGGCUCGUACAGUGGAGCUGCCCUGCCCCCCUCCCUUCACAGGGCUUCCCCCCGACACUCCCGAGGUGAAAGUGAAGGACGGCAGCAAGAUCCGCAACCUGAUGGGCUUCGCCAUCGGGCGCAUGGAGAGCAAGGCGGCGCGGCACAUCCUGUUCAGCGGCACUGGCAAGGCUGUGGCCAAGACCAUCUCCUGCGUGGAGAUCCUGAAGCGGCGCGUCAAGGGACUGCACCAGCUCACACGGCUGCUCUACCGGCACACAGAGGAGCAAUGGGAGCCGCUCGUGCCCGAGGCUGGCCUCGACACCCUCACAGUCAAGAGGAAUGUACCCGCCAUCUGGGUGCUUCUCUCCAAGGACCCUCUAGACACGGCCGAGCCAGGCUACCAGGCGCCGGGUUGCUUCGAUACUCUGUGGGCACAAGCUGUCAAGGAGGAUGCAGGCCAGCAGAGGAGAAAAAGACAGGGAGGUGGGGGUGAAGGCAGAGGGAAAGGGGGUAAAUUCUCCACACCCAGUAGGGGCAGCCGAAAGGAAGCUGUUGAGACCCCAGAGUAGAGAUGCGCCACAUGGAUAGGGGCCCCUCUUAUCAUUCUAGGAAAUAUGUUGAGCAAAGGGGAUAUGCUCUGCCAUACACAUGCUUUAGGACAGGUGUUUAUUAAAGGAUUUGGGUUCUGCUAAAGUGGGUUUCCUGUGGCUGUAUUGUAAUUCACACACAUUUUCUCAUUAUUUGACUGACAACAGGUAGCUUCAAAGAUCAGGAAUCUUCCUCACGUUGUAUGGGACGUGUAUGUGGAGAGUUUCUAUCUGUUAUCCUCCAACACCAGCAAUCGUUGCUUUGGUAAGGUUUUGGGAAUGUCCCAGUAAAGCCAAAAUACCAAAAGCAUUGAGACUGCACUGACUGUUGCCUCACUUGUGGACGGAGUAAUUUGAGGCUGUUACAUAGACAAGAACAGAUGAAGAACCGGACAGUCCUUUAUCUUCAGUCUUUGGAUGAUCAUUGUAAGUGGAAUUGGACUGCACUUAACUAUCUUUUGUAUCUAUUUUUCUACCGUGUUGCUCUUGUUGCCGUGUAUUCGCUGUAUGGGAAAGUUUCAGAACAGGGAGACCUAAAUGUAUUCGUCAUGUGACGAAAAGCAGAAACAUCCUUCACAUCAGGAAUUGCUGGAAGGUUUGGGCUGAUGUAGCUGAUUACAUCAAACUAACCUGCAUUUCUGGUUCCCAGUGUUUUGGGUAUUAUUGUUAUUGGUGAAGACUUAUUAAAUUUUUUUCUAUUUUGUUUUUGUAGCACUUUGGGUUUCUUUCCUUUGUUCUCCUUAUCUUGACACAGAUAUACAAUAUGGCUUUUUAAACUAAUCAGAUUUAUUAACAUGCAAUAUGUAAUGAUACAGUAUUGUAAUAGCUUUUUAUGACAAAUAACCAUACACACCAUUAUCAUACUCUGUUGAGCUGUUCUGAAGGUAUUUCAUUUGCUCAGACAGCCACAAAUCAUUACAGAUUAGAUUGACACACUAAACAAUUUAUGUAAAUUUCCACACCAAUUUAAAUCGUAGCUGGAAAGCGUGUUAAGGAUAAAGCUGAAAACGUAAGUGUAUCUGCGGUCAAUAUAUGUUGACCAUAAGGAAUAUAAACAGAAAUGUCCCACUCCUGAACCAAGCAAGCUAAUUUAAACUCCACUGAUGGUCUCACAAAGGCAGUAACUUUAAUGAAACUGUUUUCCUGUCUCUGCUGUACAGAGUGCAUUUAUUCAACAGGUGGAUUUUCUUUGACAUUAUUUAUUUUUGUUUCAAGGGAGCACUAGUUGUAAUUGGGUUGCUGUAUUUUAUGCAAAUGCUGUGUGUUAAAGUACAGUGUUUAAUUACAUAAAAUAAAAAAGCAUAUUAUAUUUAAA